UGUUCAGACUGCCUAUAUACGUCUGAUUCACGGUUUUAAAGCAAAUGAAUAGUUGAUACUGUGCGCAUGUGGUGCUGGAUAAAUUGAAUUUUGUGAUCUGCUAGAAUAACGUUGAUUUUAAUUAUUUGAGAUGACUAUGGUUAAAAUGCCGGAUGCCAAUGGUCAUACUAUAACCAUGGUUAAAUGGCAGGGAGAAUAUUUCCCACCCUUUCCAGGUACUGGGUCUCGAAUGGACAAGAUGAAAGAUUUGCCAAUGAGAGAUAACGACGUCUUGAUUUGUUCAUACCCCAAGUCAGGAACACACUGGGCAUGUGAAAUUGCAAGGAUGCUUGUCAGCAACAAGGCAGAGAACCACCAUAUAGAAGGUUUGGGAAAAGCCCCUGAAUACAUUGAUAUGUCAGAUCAAGAAUUGGUGAACAGCAUGAAAUCUCCCAGAGUCCUGUUUACACAUCUUCCAACAAAACACCUACCAAAGGGUGUGUGGGAAAAGAAAAUUAAGAUCAUCCAUUUGAUCAGAAACCCAAAAGAUGUUGCAGUUUCCUUCUCUAACUUUGCCCAGGCAUUCUCAGUGUUUGAAUAUAAGGGUAACUGGGAUGGCUUUCUGACACUGCAGAAUAGUGGACAUGUCCCAUCGGGAUCUUGGUUCAGAUACAUGUUGGACUGGUGGAACAGCCAGAAAGGAAACCCAAAUGUUUUAUUCAUAACAUAUGAAGAACUCAGUGCAAAUGACCAAAAGGUUGUGAAGAAAAUGGCAGAGUUCUUGAACUGCACCAACACUGAUGAAUUUUAUGAGGAGGUGGCAAGAAAAUGCAGUUUCCACUCGAUGAAAAAGUCAAGAGAGGAUGCCAUGAAAAUCUUUUUUAGAAAAGGUCAAGUGGGUGACUGGAAAAACUGGUUUACUGUGGCGCAAAAUGAAGAGUUUGAUAAGCUAUUUCAGGAACAAAUGAAAGAAGCACCAGACUUAAUACCAAGGAUAAUUUUUGAUCAUCAACCACAGGCCCAUUGACCUUGUUCCACCAUAGAACCAAGUUUUAAAGACCUAACCAAGGGGUAGGUUGCAGAAAAGUAAAGUCCAAUAAAGUGACGUUUUGGGAUUGUUAUGUUAUUUUCACAGCAAACUG